CAUUAAUCACCGGAGAAUUAGCAGUAAAAGUAGUCAAGAAAUCAGAGUGAAACCUCGCGAAGCUGCAUUCCAGAAUCCAGAGGCGAAAUGCUCCGCCGGAUUUUGCAGCGCGUCGACGGAGGAGAGGAGAGCGGCUGAAGCGCUGAGCACCCAGCAGUCGGCGGCUCUGGGGUGCGGUAGCCAGACACACUGCUACCACCGCACUGCCCACUGCGCGUCUUUUGGUUUGCCCCAGAAGAGAAGAGCCUGUCGCCUAUCCAUCCAUCCGCGGCCUCCCUACUGCCUUCCUCACUCCCCAAAUCCCAAUCUCCCCCCACUCCCCUCCUCGCCGAGCCCCCGCUCUCUUCCGCCAAUCCACCAUGGUCAUGGACAAGCCCAACCUCCCGCAGCCGCCGCCACCGUCCUCGGCAUCCACCGCCGCAUCCUCGCUCAAGUCCCUCAACAAGGCCUCCUACAAGAUCUCCAAGCAGUUGUCCUCCACCUCCGCCUCUUCCGCUCCCGCAUCCGCUUCCGCUUCCUCGAUGAGGGCGCCUUCCCCGCCGCCGCCGCAGCCUCCCCGCCCGUCUCCUCCGCUCCCACCGCCGCCACCGGCGCAGGCGUCGUCCAUCCCCGCCGACCACCCGCCUCCCCAGCCCCCGGUCUACAACAUCGACAAGUCCGACUUCCGCGACGUCGUGCAGAAGCUCACCGGCUCCCCGUCCCACCUCCUCCCGCCCCAGGCCCCGGCCGCCCCCGCCGCUGCCGCCGCGGCCAUGGCGCCACCUCCGCCCAUCAUGGCGCCUCCCCCGCCUCCCAUCAUGGCGCCUCCGCCGCCGCCAACGGCGAUACCCUCCCGCCUCCACCGCAUCCGGCCGCCGCCGCUGGCCCCGCCGCGCCCGGUGCCCAUCCUGCCGCCGCCCCCGCCGGCGCUCUCCCCGCUCCCGCCGCUCCCGGCGGUCUGCAUGACCGCGGAGUCGCCCAUCUCCGCCUACAUGCGCCGCCUCCGCGGGAUGCCCUCGCCGAUCCACGUGCCAACGUCGCCGCUCGGAUUCGGCUGCCUGCCCUCGCCGCGGACGCCGCCGUCGCCCGGCGUGGCGAUGCCGGCCACCAGCCCCCGCGUCCGCGACCCGUGACCCAGGAAGCCACCGAUGCAGCAGCGCCGCCACCGCCGCCGCCGAUGUGUAGAUACGGCUGGGUAGGAGAGAUCUGGCGAGGCGGCGGCGAGGAAAGGAGGAAGCAGCAAUACAAUCACAUUCUGUUAGCUCCAACUCAAACCUUAGCUCAAAAAUUCUUUUUUUCUUUCCUAGCGUGCUCUGCCUUGAUAUUUUGUUGGUGUACAUGGGACGUGCGGCGUUUGGCAACCAACCGAUGGAUUGCUCAUGUUUGGCUAAUUUUUUGUAACAAAGCUUAUGCAAUAUGUAUGGCAGAAUCUCAUAUGCAAAAUUUAUUUAGGAUUAUGGUAUUA